AGGGGCUUCUGGGAAACCUUUUUGAGCCAAUGAGCGCUCGCGCUGUAUGGAACCCGGGAUUUCACGAGGUGGAUGUGUUUAGCACAGAAGCAAUACUUGAGAUUGUCUUUUAAGUGCUUAAAGGAUUUACAUUGAAGGAGGUAGAACGGGGGCUGAAGAUGGAUACUGAGGGCUUUGGAGAGCUCCUGCAGCAGGCAGAACAACUUGCUGCAGAAACUGAAGCCGUUUCCGAGUUGCCUCAUGUUGAGCGAAACCUGCAGGAAAUCCAGCAAGCAGGAGAGCGUUUACGUUCCCGCACUCUCACCAGAACCUCCCAAGACACAGCUGACGUAAAAGCCUCCAUCCUCUUGGGCUCUCGGGGACUUGACAUCUUCCAUAUCUCCCAACGUCUUGAGAGCCUCAGUGCAGCCACUACAUUUGAACCUCUUGAGCCAGUUAAGGACACUGAUAUUCAGGGCUUUCUGAAGAACGAGAGAGACAAUGCACUGUUAUCAGCCAUCGAGGAGUCACGCCGCAGGACGUUUCUGUUGGCGGAGGAGUACCACAGAGACUCCAUGUUGGUGCAGUGGGAGCAGGUGAAGCAGAGAGUCUUGCACACCCUGCUGGGAGCUGGAGAAGAUGCACUGGACUUCAGCCAGGAAGUGGAGCCGAGUUUCGUGAGUGAGGUGGGCGUUCCUGGACGCAGUGCACUUGACAGUGUGGAAGUUGCCUAUAGCAGACAGAUCUACAUCUUCAAUGAGAAGAUCGUAAAUGAACAUCUUCAGCCCAAUCUGGGAGAUUUCUGUGCCUCGGUUGCCGAAGACCUCGAUGAUAAGAAUGUGGCGGACUUGUGGCUCAUGGUCAAGCAAAUGACAGAUGUUCUGUUGGUGCCGGCAAAGGACACGUUGAAGAGUCGAGUGUCUGUUGACAUGCAGAUGGCCUUCGUUCGACAGGCCCUGCAGUACCUUGAGAACAGCUAUAAAAAUUACACCAUGGUCACUGUAUUUGGAAACCUGCACCAGGCUCAGCUGGGAGGAGUGCCUGGCACUUAUCAGCUUGUUUGCAGCUUCCUGAACAUCAAGCUACCGACCCAACUGCCAGGCAUGCAGGACGGCGAAAUAGAGGGACAUCCCGUGUGGGCUCUGAUUUAUUUCUGCCUGCGUUGUGGAGACCUGUCGGCCGCCAUGCAGGUGGUGAACAGGGCCCAGCAUCAACUCGGCGAUUUUAAAAUGUGGUUCCAGGAGUACAUGAACAGCCCCGACCGGCGUCUUUCUCCAGCCACAGAGAAUAAACUACGGCUUCAUUACCGGCGUGGGCUGAGGAACAGUGCAGAUCCGUACAAGCGUGCUGUCUACUGCCUCAUCGGUAAAUGCGACAUCGCUGACAACCACGGAGAGGUGGCGGAUAAAACAGAAGAUUACCUUUGGCUCAAGCUGAAUCAAGUGUAUUUUGAUGAAGAUGGCAGCAGUUCACCUCAGGAUAGAAUGACUCUGGCCCAACUGCAGAAACAACUAUUGGAGGACUAUGGGGAAUCUCAUUUCUCGGCAAGCCACCAGCCCUUCCUGUACUUCCAGGUACUUUUCUUGACAGCGCAGUUCGAAGCGGCCAUAGCGUUCCUCUUUCGGGUGGAACGUCUGCGCAGCCAUGCCGUCCAUGUGGCUUUGGUGCUGUACGAACUUAAACUCCUUCUUAAAUCCUCGGGCCAGAGCGCACAGCUUUUGAGUCAGGAGGCUGCAGAUCCACCAAUGGUGCGACGGCUCAACUUCAUUCGACUCCUGAUGCUCUACACGCGCAAGUUUGAGUCCACCGACCCACGGGAGGCUCUUCAGUAUUUCUACUUCCUCCGGAACGAGAAGGACAGUCAAGGAGAAAACAUGUUCAUGCGCUGCGUCAGCGAGCUGGUCAUCGAGAGUCGCGAGUUUGAAAUGCUUCUUGGAAGACUCGAAAAGGAUGGAUGCAGAAAGCCUGGUGUGAUUGAUAAGUUUGCCGGAGACACACGAGCCAUCAUUACUAAGGUGGCCUCAGAGGCUGAGAACAAGGGUUUGUUUGAGGAGGCUGUCAGACUGUACGAGUUAGCCAAGAACCCUGACAAGGUUUUAGAGCUCAUAAACAGAUUGUUGAGUCCAGUUAUCGCUCAAGUCAGCGAACCCCAGUCUAACAAAGAGCGACUCAAAAACAUGGCGGUUGCUAUCGCUGAACGUUAUCGUGCUAAUAGUAUAUCUGGGGAGAAAUCUGUGGACAGCACCUUCUACCUGCUUCUGGACCUGAUGACGUUCUUUGAUGAGUAUCACGCUGGUCACAUUGAUCGAGCCUAUGACGUGAUCGAGAGGUUAAAGCUAGUUCCUUUAAAUCAGGACAGUGUUGAGGAGCGGGUCAUGGCCUUCAGAAACUUAAGUGAUGAGGUCAGACAUAAUUUGUCAGAGGUUCUUCUUGCCACAAUGAAUAUUCUGUUCACACAAUACAAGCGUCUGAAAGGGGCAGCAGCAGGCACACCAGGAAGACCACAGCGUACACUAGAGGACAGAGACACUAUGCUGCGCAGUCAAGCCCGAGCACUUAUCACCUUUGCGGGGAUGAUUCCUUACCGAAUGGCCGGAGACACCAAUGCCAGACUGGUUCAGAUGGAGGUCUUAAUGAACUGAGAUGCUUUACCCCACCUUUUCCAGCAGCUCCCCUUUUCAUUGUCCUCAUUCCAUUAUUAUUUGGUGUCAAUUUGUGUUUGUUUUUUUUCAUUAUGUGAAAUAAAAAUAUUAAUUUCA